CACCCCGACCCAUACCCACUCCACUGGUGCGGAGCUAGGACGACGUCACCUUCCGCUCAGCUCAGCUCGCCUCGCUCGAACCAGGAAGAAAGCGAAGCAGAGGAAGCGAGCCGGCGGAGGCAGCGGAGAUGUCGGCGGGGCUGGUGACCGACGAGGCGACCAUGGGCCGGCUCUACCGGAUCCGGCGGACGGUGAUGCAGAUGCUGCGCGACCGCGGGUACCUGGUCGGGGAGCACGAGCUCGCCACCAGCCGCCGCGACUUCCUCCGCAAGUUCGGCGAGUCCUUCCACCGCGAGGACCUCCUCAUCAACAAGUACAAGAAGAACGACCCCUCCGACCAGAUAUAUGUUUUCUUCCCCAACGAUGAUAAAGUGGGGAUGAAACACAUCAAGAAGUACGUUGAAAUGAUGACACAUGAUAACGUCUCCAGAGCUGUGGUGGUUCUUCAGCAGAAUCUCACUCCCUUUGCCAAGUCGUUUCUCAUUGAAUUAGAACCGAAGAUCCACUUGGAAGUUUUCCAGGAGGCCGAGUUGCUUAUAAACAUCAAGGAGCAUGUUCUUGUUCCCGAGCAUCAGGUGCUCACAAAUGAGGAGAAGAAGACAUUAUUGGAGCGUUACACCUUAAAGGAAACUCAGCUUCCAAGAAUACAGAUUACGGAUCCCAUUGCAAGGUACUAUGGCCUCAGACGAGGUCAGGUGGUGAAGAUCAUCAGACCCAGUGAGACGGCCGGCAGAUACGUCACGUACCGCUACGUCGUAUGAGACAACGUCGCAAAAAUCAGAACACAAGUGAAAAACUGAAGAAGAGAACCAUAGAUAUGGUAAAUUUUGAAGUUACACACAUAUAGCCAUGUGCUUGGAGAAAUCAGUAUCGCUUUGUAGCAGACACUGUCAACGAGACAGUGGAUGCUGUUUGAGUGAAUUUGAAUAAGCCGAGUACAUGGAACUCAGAUGAAUCCUCACGCUGUACACUUUUUUGAUGAACUGUAUAAACACUGCAUAAUAAUAGAAGCUUGUUUUCGGAGUGAUUGAAGCUCCUGAAA